AUGGCCCUCUCGCAAUUCACACCUAUAUAUUGUGGUCGGUCAGAUGCCGAAGUUGAAAUUAGAUCCAAAAAGUACGGCAAGGAAUUCAACGGCCCCAGUAACAAUCAACUAGAUCGAGUUGCCAAUCCAGACGAUUACUAUGAGCCCCUUGAUCAUAAUCAUGCAAUCACUAUCGAAUGGAAGCGCCAACUAGGAGGCAUGCUCCAGCGGGAAAUGAGACCGCAGCAAGCGCAACAUCCAUGGUUUCUCAUGUUUUUCCCCGAGAACUAUCGGUUGUAUAAACACAAUAAAGAGACCCGCGAUCACACUGACGCAUAUCUGUACGGGUACCCUCAGGGGCGAAAGAAGCGUUUCCGAAGCGCACAAGAAUUCUUUCCACAUUUCCUAUGGCUCAUGGAAGGUAAAAGCGAGGACUAUGGUGAUUGUGCGUGCAAGAAUUGUGCGGGUGACUGGGUCCACAAGAUUGAGCCAUUGCCUGGUAGACUCGGAUUUGUGCCUGCCGCAAAGGAAGUUCAACCAGUGAAAAAGGAACAAACUCCAAUUAAAAAGGAGCCAAUCCUCCCCAAGAAGGAGUCGAUUACUUUGUCACCAAAAGUCGUGAUACCUCAGAAAUUCCCCCAACAAGCAACCACCCUUCCAAGACCACCCACCAAAACACCGGCGCCGAACAAUUCGGCUUCCGCUGUCCCAAGGACGCCGGCUCAACCAACGCCAACGCCCCUACCACCGCUGAAAUCAAAGGAGCAAGAAAUCGACUCUCAAUAUCGCCGAUACAUAUAUCGUAUUGGCGAAUUAGUAUGGUUCAACAGGGGAACUGCCUGGGGUCUAGCUUUAAUCACGAAACGGGACACCAUUAUCCAACAAGGAAAUCGAUCUGCUGCACGUUAUCUUGUACAACCGCUUUCUCAUCCGCUGAGGCAUCCGGAAUCCAAGAUACUCACGUCAGACGAUGUUUUGCGUCCAUGGCUUGCUUGGUCAGCGCCAGGGCCUACCCACAGAGCUUUGACCGGCAAAAACUAUUCUUCUAUUGAUUGGAAAGCUGUUAUCGCAGGGCAUUUCGGGACAGGAGACGCUGAGGUUGAUGGCAGUAUAUUAGCUGCGAAGCAGAUAGACGACAGCUUCUCCCUGGUGUCGCCCUUGACAAACAACACGCUCACCACAGGCGAGCGUACCUAUCUAGCCUUAUUCCUUGGCGGGGAGAAGAUCUAUGUCAGAGAACCGGUGAGACUUCGGAUCAACCAGGGCCAAGACGUCCUGGUGAUAUACGAAAUCGUUGAGAAAUUAAAACCAAACAGCACCAACAUAACUUCAGCAUCAGUCCACGUCAUUGGCGAUAUUUAUCGAUUCGUCACUCUACCUUACGACCCAUCUAAUGCAAAGCUGUUCGCCAACGCCCAUCUCCCAGAACGAAUGAAAGCAGACCUCGAAUUUCGAAACAGCGUCACAGUUCCUAUCAAAAAGGUGCACUCUUUUUGGAAAUUGAUGCAAAAUGGUUCACGAGUGUCAAUACAGGACCUCAAGGGUCGCUGGUACGAAUCGAGCAUACUCUUACCAAUACUUCGCAGCAACGCCGUCUUUGCGAGCGAAGUACAGAGGGGCGAAGUCUCUGACGUGGGUGAGUGGAUUAACGGACGAGGUGAUGCUAAUGGUGCCGCUGGGAAGACUGGCUCGAGGUUUAGAGAGCGUCUAGAGGCAGUAGGGAGAGCCGUACCGAUUGGGGUAAGAUUGGGUGGACCAGAGGAGAGCGGUGAGGGUGGAGUUGAGACGGAAAGGGCGUCGAGCAAUCCCCAAGUUCAGCAAGCUUCGAAUACUCCGAGACCCGCUGUCUCACAAAGUGUUAAUCAAGGUCCGAGGCGUGAGUCACUGCACGCUCAGGGAACGGAACAAAGUAUACGACCAGGACAAGGCGAUCUUCCUCAACACAUGGAUGUUGAUAGGUAG